CCAACAGAAAGCAGCUCUCUCUCUCUAGCUCUCUCUCCUAACAGCUUGGAGGAUUCUGAUUGGAAGAACCUUGUCGGAUUAUACUUUUUAUCAUCACACAGAACAGGAAUCCAGUCCACAAUGGAUCUGUGUCAAGCCAUUCUCCUGCUGCACUUCAUCUGUCUGACCUUCUUGGGAUUAGUUGCGGGCAGAAUGGAAUUUAUCCCGGGAGACAGAAAAAAAUGGAGCUCUCUUGGGAUGCACAGGCUAAGAAGGGACUUGAAGGUGGCAGUCCAAUCAGCGCCGGUGACGGAUCCAGCCUUAGAAUCCUCAUUCGUCAAAAACGAGGAUGUUAAGGAUCCCCUGAACUUCCAGCAUGGCAGCAAUGAUGCCCACAUCCGUGUAAAGAGAUACAGACACAACUUCCACCACUUGCAGUCGGUGAAAGUGGGCUGCAGAUUUGGGACUUGCACGGUGCAGAACUUGGCACACCAGAUCUUUCAGUACACCGACAAAGACAAAGACAGCACAGCCCCAGUGAACAAGAUCAGCUCGCAGGGGUAUGGUCGGAGGAGAAGGUCUCUCCCUGACAAGAAGCUCCAGUUGACUGUUAUGGAUGGUCACAUCAAGCCACAUUGGGUGAGCACCAGCACAUCAGGGAACCAGCUUGGUGGCUCCCAGCCAAAGUUCCUGGAUGUUAUUUAUGCAGGAAAACCCAGACAAGGCAGGGAAACCUGGAAAAAAGGCAAAAUGUUGCAAAUGUUGCUCAAGACUUAAAAAAAAUAAAAGAAGAAGAACAGAACAUCCGAGUGGAGAUGUAGCAACUUCUUCAGAAAGGUCUUCUCCUUAGAGAAGCUCAUGGAAUUCCUGCUGUGAUUCCCAGUCAAAGGGGAUGGGAAUGCCGUAAAAAGUGUUAGAAAGUCAACGAAGGAUCAGGUUCCAGGUGGACAUGUGGAACCUGUGGACAUGGCAGAGAAAAAAAGAACCAAGCUCCGCCUAUUGGAUUUUGCUGGUUUAUUUUGCACUUUUUUGGACUUUUGCAAAGACAGCACGGAAGGGACGUACACACAUGAAGUGGAUACUGGCUUAGGGUGGGUGUACUCUUGAGCCUGACCCCGUUGGGACUGGCUGAGUGCUGAAAUACCGGGUUCACCUUACCUUGGAUAAGCAGAGUGAAGCCUCCAGGCUUAACUAGAAACCUCAGUGUGGGGACCAGGAGGUCCCAAUAGCUCCACCUUGUGGUGGCCAGAGAUUUAUAGACAAUCCUGCUUUUGGUUACUCAGGGGGUGGGGAUGUGUUUGUGCUAUUUGCUCCCCUUUCCCCUAUUCUCUAACAGCCCAUGGACUUGUUACAGAGACUCAUUAAAUGGAUUAUUCUUAAAGUGCCACCCGGGUGAACCUGGUUCCUCGGUGAUCACUGUCUGAUACUUGAACUUCAAACCUUAAGUGCAAUCACUGUCUUCCUAAAGAGACACACACACAUAUUUAAAUUCUACUGUUUAUGUUUUGUAUUGUCUUAACAAAUCCAAAAAAAGUUAUUUUUUUUACAUGAAAAUUGUAUAUUGUGUGCUUUAUUUUUAUUACUGGGUUGGCUGUAUGAAUGGGUUCCAUGGAUGUGUCUGUCUAUUUGUUGUUUUUUUUUUUACAUUCUGAAAAUGAAAAUGAUGUUUUGUUUAAAAGCCUAAUGAUUUCAAUGACAAUGAUAAAUAAAAAAAACCCAUAAAUAAA